AACAGUAAAGGUUUGCUUCUCAACUUUUACUAUAUACCAGACAACUGGAAUGGAGGAGGGCACAUGUGAAGACCUAAAUCAACCAGGAGAUAUAUUUACUGUAGCCUCUUACAUCAUGAGACUGUUAUUGGAAAAUGGGUUACUAUUACACAUUGUUCAACUGGCUCAGCUCACCGCAUGGCUACCGAUUACACUUCUGUGGAUUUCCUCUUCUGCAGUGAAACAAGCACGACCACCAAUCUUCCAGAGAAAGCCUUUUAUAGCUGCCUGGAAUGCUCCCACAGAUCUGUGCUCUCUAAGAUACAAUGUGAUGCUGAAUUUGAAAAUGUUCCAUGUGAUUGGAAGCCCAUUAGCCAGGGCAAGAGGGCAGAAUGUGACCAUAUUUUAUUUCAACAGAUUGGGCUUUUACCCCUGGUACACAUCACAGGAAAUCCCUGUUAAUGGUGGUCUACCACAAAACUUCAGCUUGCAAACUCAUUUGGAAAAAGCUGGCCAAGAUAUUAACUAUUACAUUCCAGCUGAGAACUUCAGUGGAUUAGCUGUUAUAGACUGGGAAUACUGGAGGCCUCAGUGGGCUCGCAACUGGAAUACAAAAGAUGUUUACAGACGAAAGUCAAGAAAACUCAUUUCUGAAAUGCAAGGAAAUAUUUCAGCAAAUGACAUUGAACAUUUGGCCAAACUUUCCUUUGAAGAAAGUGCAAAGGCUUUCAUGAAGGCAACAAUUGAGUUAGGAAUUAAAAGCAGACCCCUAGGCCUCUGGGGAUAUUAUUUAUAUCCUGAUUGUCACAAUUAUAAUUUCUAUGACCAGAACUACACUGGUUCUUGCCCAGAGAGUGAAAUUUUGAGGAACAAUGAACUUUCCUGGCUUUGGGAUAGCAGUGAAGCUCUGUAUCCUUCCAUUGGCAUUAAGAAAUCUCUCGGAAACAGUGAAAACAUAUUACGCUUCUCACAAUUUAGGGUCAAUGAAUCCAUGAGGAUCUCCUCUAUGACAUCCCAUAAUUAUGCUCUGCCUGUAUUUGUCUAUACCAGACUAGGUUAUCGAGAUGAACCUUUGGUAUUUCUUUCUGAGCAAGAUCUUAUUAACACUAUUGGAGAAAGUGCUGCCUUGGGAGCUGCUGGCAUUGUUAUUUGGGGAGACAUGAAUUUAACUUCAUCAGUGGGCAACUGUACAAAGGUGAAACAAUUCAUUGCAUCUGAAUUAGGGGUCUACAUUAUCAAUGUAACCACAGCAGCAGAGAUGUGCAGCAGGCAUCUUUGUCACAACAAUGGGAGAUGUGUACGAAAAAAGUGGACAGCCUUGGACUACCUGCAUUUGAAUUCUAAAAACUUUAGAAUAGAAAUUUCAGAGGACCAAGAAUUUACAGUGAGGGGAGAAGCGUCGAGCACAGAUCUGGAAAUGAUGUCAAAGAAAUUUGUUUGUCACUGCUACCAGGGGUAUGAAGGAACUGAUUGUAGGAAAGUUAAGACUUCUGAUGAGCACUCUGGCAGUUCUGCAAAUUUCCUCUUAUCCAGAACAUUAGUCAUGAUAAGCCUGUUUCCUUUGCCUUUAUAUUUGUUGGAUAUUCAGUUAUGAGAUCAUUGAGCUGAAUACGUUUUUCUUGACCCUACAUUUUCAAAGGACUCAGUAAGGUAGUCGUGAAGGAUUAUGACAUUAUUCCAUUGCUUUUUACUCUUCAGGUAAUGAAGGAAUUAAAAUAUUACUUGAAUGCUAUAGAAAAUCAGUCACAAAAGAAGGAAAUUAUUUCUGACACAGAGACUUACAUGUAUUCUACUCACUGACCAGAGGUUACAUUUUAAAAUCUUAUUUUAUAAUCUUAACCUACUUUGUGUGCACAUGUCAAAAUUUCUUUUUUGUUAACAAAUUCAAUUAAUUC